AUGUACCACACAAAUGGAAAUCCGCCGAAUCGAGUUCAACCAGUGAUGAUUAGCACUGGAUUACAGGCUAAUUUACAGCCAAUACCUAUUCCAGUGCCUCCCUACCAAAUGAUCCGUCAUCUUAUUUCUCAGCCAUCAACACUGCUCUCAAUGCCACGUGCAUCUUAUGGACCUCGAAACUACCAAAAUCCGCCAGUCGCCGUCCAUCAGCAGUAUCAAAGGCCGCCCGUCUACAGAAAUCAGCCGAAUUUUCAACGAAUUGCAGUUCGACAGUAUCCCAAUCAACAGCAUCAUUAUCAGCCGAGACACCAAUACGCACCGUAUCCAAGACAAACUGUGAAUCGAUCGAUCGAUAAAUCGAUAAAUCAGUGUCCGCAAGAGUACCAAAAUCCCCCAGCUCCCCAAGAAGACCCAAUUCUAAAAGCAAUGCAAAUCGCCGGAAUCGAUGAGUCGGAUGCGGUGAAUUUAUCGGUGAUUGAAACGGAAAAGCCGAUAAAAAAGCCAGAAAAAUCAGAAAAACUGCCGGAUCUCGUUUGCAACAUCUAUGGAUUCGAUAUUCGUGUGAUCCGGUCCAAGGAUCCGUCGAUGCGAGUGUUUCCGGAUAAUUAUUGA